CAAUGAAUUUGUUGCUUUUACCACAUUGAAAGUCAUAAUAAUUCAGUUCCUCUCUUGUGCAUGCAGGCCAUUAUUGAGCGAGAAAUUUUUCUUAGCAAGAAAGAGAAAGAGCUACUUGUUUCUCAAGAGAAACUUGCAAACAAGGAAUCUGGUGAAUUUCGCAAGGUUAUUGCUAGUCAUGAAAAUGCAUUGAGAACCAGAAACUCUGAGUUUGAGGGCGAGCUUGAGCUCAAGCGCAAAAUGGUGGAAGAUGGGAUUGAAAUGAAGAGACGGGCAUGGGAGUUAAAGGAGAUGGAUAUAAAUCACAAGGAGGAUCAAAUUUGUGAAAGAGAACAUGAUCUUGAUGUUCGAUUGAGGAUAUUAGCAGAGAAGGAGAAGGAAGUGGCUGAGAAGUCAAAUCUCAUAGAUUUGAGUGCUUUUGAAAAAGAACUUGAGUUGAAGAAAGUCCUUUUAGAAAAAGAAAAGGAAGAGAUGAGUAAAACGAAACUAGAGCUUCAGGAGUCACUGUCGUUAUUGGAAGAUAAAAGAAACCAGGUUGAUCGCGCAAACGAGAAAUUAGAAGCCCUGAGAAGAGAUACACAUGAAUUAUUAACUUUAGAAUUGAAACUGAAGGAAGAACUUGAUAUAGUUAGGGCUCAAAAAUUGGAGCUGAUUGCUGAUGUUGAUAAGUUAAGGGUUUCAAAUCACGGUUGGAAGCAGCACGUGUUUGCGAGGAGAGAAGCAAUUUCGAAGUAUCUCAAGGAUGAGCGUGAUAGAUUGAAAUGGGAGCGCGAGCAUAACAAGGAUGUUGAAUCAUUGAAUCGUGAGAGAGAGGACUUCAUGAAAAAGAUGAGGGAGCUGGAAAAUAGUAUUGAGAAAAGCCGUGAAGAAUUGGAAAGUUCUUUGAAGGAAAGAGAGGAAGCAUUUGAGCGAGAAAAGAAAAAUCAACUUGAUCAUAUUAUUGCUCUAAAGGAAAUAACGGAGGAGGAGUUGGAACAAGCUACUUCAGAAAUGAGAAGGCUUGAUGCUGAGCGGUUAGAAAUCAAGUUGGACCGUGAGAGAAGGGAACGUGAAUGGGCUGAGUUGAACAAGUCUAUUGAGGAGGUUAUGUGCAAAGACACAAAUUGA